GUGGUUCAUCCAUUUAACCUACGUCAUUGGUAUUGUUUUUCUUCCAUUUAAUUUUAAUGUAUUGUUUACCAAGAGAAAAGAGGAAAAACUUGUCAGAAAAAUUGUAAAAAGAUUAUUUCGCUACAUCUGAAACUAUCCAGAGCUUCUUUCUUGGAAGCGUAGAUUUACGGAAGUGACUUGGCAAGAGUAAGGAGUGCAAGGGGAUUACCAAGAGAAUGGCGAUUCUUGAAUGAGACAGAGAAGUCUAAACCAUUGUGGUGUUAUACUUCGUCAAUACUCUGCGAUCGUCGAUUAUCUUUUAGCUUGGAUUGGCGUAAAACAGGCAAACCAAUUAGGAAAAUAUGGACAAUCUUUCAUUUUUCGUGACCACCAUAGUUUUAGCGUUCGCCUUCUUGGUAACGACACCAGCAAGAGGAAAUGAUUCAUUCUUUGGACUUUAUAGAGCCACGCGUUCUGGUCCUCCUCUCGCCAUAAAUCAAAACCCCGUAUGUAGAAAAGCCCAGCUACUGCACAGCGACGUGGUACAGAAUGCUACUCUGGAAGGUCAGCUGCAUGCUGGGAAUUUUACAUUCCUCGGUGCUGUUAAAGACAUGGAGGAAUGCAUGUCGUUAUGUUGCGCCAGUAAACGUUGCCAGCUGGCAUAUAUGGACAAUGCUAAAUGUUAUGGCGUCAAGUGCUUCAGUGAAGAACUGUGCAAAAUAACAACUGGUAUCUCAACGAAUGACGUCAAGAUAUCUCUUAUGGUCAGAAACGAUAUAAAUAGAAAAGCUUACGUCACAGCAUACAUUGUUGUGGUAGUUGUAGCGUUUGGAGCUGCAGUUUCCGGCACAGUUUGGGCAGUCUUUAUUUUUGUCAGAAGAUAUCGAGAGACCGGUGGAACAAAAUCAAAGGAAGAUGAGGGUGAAGAUGGAGACAUGAAUGCCGAGCCUAAAGUUUACUGAUUUAUACAUAGAAGACACUGAAGAAAAGCUUCGAAUCCAGAGGACUGAUUGGACGCCAUUUAGUAAAAAAGACAAGGCUUCCCAAACUGAGAGCCGACACUCUUGUUGCAAUUCGUGGCAGCAACAACAUUAUUAAGAUUUGAUGUUUGGAUAUGAUACGAGGUCUCUUUGACCAGUCAAAAUGAAAAGUAAUUGCUGAGAAUUUUUCAAAAAUUUAAAGCCAAAUUGAAAUCUGGAAUUAGUUUUAGAUGAAUGAGAUGUUAACCCGUGGUAUACAUGUAGCUCUCAAGAGCUUUCGGGUAAUUCUCGUUUCUUACAUUCUCGCCUUGCAAUUUAGUUUUAAGAAUUUAAUGCAAACAAUAUAGGGAGUAGAAAUGGAGGGCACAAAGUUGAAAUUGGAGGCAGGAGUUUAAAACCGGUUUAAUUGAUUGUAAAUCUUGAUGCAAUCGAUCACAGAUUUUGAAUGCCAUUUGAAAAUAAAUAAGCCCUCGUAAAUUUCUUUAGAAAAAAAGUACAAUCACUUCGCAGGCUAGUAGGAGAUAAAAGUUCUUUUGGAAGAUAUUCAAAGGACUCAGAGUAUAAGUUAAAGGCUUUGAAUAUAUGACAAUACACUCGUUUUUUACUGCAAAGAUCGGGGAAAGCCAAAACCAUAGACCUUUGCUGCCAACGGAUGUUGUAUCUCAAUCAUCAAUCUUCUACUCGACGAAUCACCCUAUUUAGUUAUAAUUUUACAAAGGCUAUAUUAGUCGUGAACUAAAAUGUAAUAAAGCAAACCAUUAAUAUUUU